AUGCACAGCGUAUUCCGCUUGCCAUGGUGCACCGAUCAGAUUGCACCCAAGAUGCAAACAGGCAAGGCGGCGUUAGAUCUCAUGCGUGCAUCGCCUGUUUUGGACUUGACUGCGUUGAACAAGGCAAAGCGAAAGCGAGCCGAGGACGCAGAAGUGCAGCGUGUGGAGACGACGAAGAGGCAGUGCGGUGGUGGUGAAGCUUUCAGGCAGUCACCAUCGAUCGACCUACCCGCCAGGUCGAUGGAGGGCAAGCCAGUUGUGACUCCUUCCGCUGUCAACACAUCGUUGCUCCAGAUCGCGCAAAUCUCCGCAAGUAAUGGUGCCAGUCCAGCACCAUCGCUCGAGCUCAAAGCUGAAGUUUCGAAGAUUUCCUCAGCUUCUGCCGUACAGCCUUCUUCAGCAGCUGACAACAAGAUCGCUCAAGCAAUGUCUUCUGAUGUUGAGAUGAAGGAUGCCAUCGGCUGCAGCGAGCUGAGUCCACUUCAGCAGGUCAUCGAGAACGAAUUCAAUAUGCAAAUACUGAUGAAGCAUAAUGAGCUCCGUCUGAUUGAGCAGGAACUUGCCAAAUGUCAGAUUGGUUUGGAGCAGCUCCGUCGAAUCGAGCUACGGCCUUAUCCUGGCGCGGAAAAGUUCUCGUCUGAUGUAUCUGCUGGUAUCGGCGCAUCGCUAGCUCCACCUGCUAGACAUUCUCGACCCAUGCAUGCCGCCCCUCACGGCGUGGCAGAUGGACCUUACUCGCGACAUUACCGCCGUUGGCUACUUCACGACACCACAUUCGAUUCAAUACCACUGCAAGCGACUUUUGUAAACUCUGCUCCUCAUAUUGAUAGCCGACCAAUACGACAUGCUAGUACUUCGAGGAAGUCUGUUCAGAAAUCACCAGCAGCUCCAGCACCUGUCACAGAGAUGCCAAAGAGCUUACCAAACUAUCCCGCAAGCACCCGCAAGAUCAAGUUGGCAGUGGUGAGGCGGUCUACGGAUGGACUUCUGGUCAAGCUGGUCUGCAAUCACUGCCACCGAAGCGACUUCUCUAACUCGCAAGGUUUUCUCAAUCAUUGUCGUAUUGGUCACAAGCUGGAGUAUAAAUCUCACGACCACGCCGCUAUUGACUGCGGCCAUCCGCUCGAGGAGCACGAGUAUGCGGCCAUUCCGCCAGAGGUCCAGAACACUCCCGUGGCGAAACCCAGCUCUCACAGCAGAGCGGCGUCGACCAAUGUGACACCGCUGAAAGCAAGCGGUCUAGUGCAUCCGCUAAACACGAGCGGUGGACUUGCUUCAUUGAACACAUCCAGUCCACAGCCUCUGUUGAAGAAGGCCAUUCCGCGAGCACAUCCAAUCUCUGGCAUGUCUGGAAUCAAAGCGCAGCCACAAUUCACAGCAUCAGCACAAGCACCUCGUCUCUCUGCACAGUUUGCGAAGCACAACUUUGGUGGCGAUCUGCAGGCUGCGAUCGCUUCUGCGAAAGAGAGGGUUGAUUUGGGUGCAGAGGCCGAGCUCUCGCCCGAUAUCCUGGAUUCAGCUUCGCCACGAGCAUCUGGCGCUGUUGGCGGAAAGGGUGUUUUUGGAGUGCCUCGAGCCGGCUCUCUGGCACCACCCAAUGGUGCUGGUCCUCCAAGCCGUAAAGGUUACAGGCAGCCAACGCAGCAUUCUCGCCCUUCGCCUCUUGUACCCGUUGCUAAUAUUGGCCUCGCGCAGAGUCGGAGGAACUCUCACCACGAGAUGCCAGACUCACCCGAUGACCGAUCUCUCAACCUGAGCCCGCAUACCAUCGACAGCGAGCCUGGCUUGGUCAGCGAUCACGAGGACGACGAUCAGGGCUCAGCAUCAGAAGACGAAGUGCCGCACACCACCAUCUCACACCCUCUCAACGUGGGUGGUCGGACCUGUGCGGAUAACAUGGACAUUGAUGUGUCUGUGGACGACACCAUCGACGAGCAUGGUGUGAUUAUCAGGAGGAACAGCUUACUUGCUAGCGAGAAUCAUGGCCUGGGAAUGGCUAAUGGUGUGGCUAGGAAGUAG